AUGCCCUUGCCUGCCCAAACCAGGCAGAUCAAUGUGUCCCCAAGGCCUGGCCUUGGGACACCUCUGCAAACCACUGAUGCCAGCGAUUUUCAAAUCCUUGACACACCUCCAACCACCACUAAUAGGAGUGGUUCUCAGUCUCCAACACAGCCCUCACAGGCCAUGGAAGACCACCUCGACCACCUAGAGCAGAUUAGUUGGCAGCCCACUUUGAUGGGCUAUGGAGAGCAAGAUUCACCCCAUUUGUGCCAUCAGACUCGACCAGGGCCACCCACUCAUGGGCAGAGGGAGGCCAUCCUGCAUCCUCACUGGCCAAAAUCCGACUCUCUGUUAGUGUGCCUGCAGGCACACUUCCCUCUCAUCUUAAGAGGUCAGAGAUGGUUCAUACAACCAUCCCCCAACUGUGUUUAUGCCGGAUCGAUGGCACUUCAGCCUUUGCUGAGUGCCAGCUCACCGAAGCACAUCACACUCUAA